AUGUUAUUCAAGUCAAAGAAUCCAGACGUUCAUUGGCCAAGAGACCAGAGUCUGUGGUCAUGGUUGUUUGAAACCUGCCUCUCUAAGUUCGACGCCAACAAGUUACAAGGCUACACAGACGUAGAGACGAAGCAAUACAUUAGCUAUGCGCAGCUCAAGAGAUACACCGAGCAGCUCUCAACUUUCUUGUCAGAAAGUUAUGGUCUACGUGAGGGCGAAGUCGUCAUCAUCUACAAUAGAAACUCCAUAUGGUAUCCGGUGGUUGCCCUAGCCGCGGUCCGCAUCGGUGCAGUCACGUGUGGGAUUUCGCCCGAAUACACUGUCGACGAGCUAACGUAUGCGUUGAAGUUGACUAAAGCGAAGCUCAUCUUCACUUCGGCUUCCCUGAAGGCGACAGCCUCCGCUGCUGCAACUAAAAUAGGCAUGGGCAUCGAGUCGAUUUUGUACAUGGGGAGUGGACAAGGUGGAGUGAAAGGCGUCGAGGAACUACUCCAGAUGCUAGCAUGUUCAGAUGCCCGAGCUCUCGUGAAGCCGUUUGAGAUCCCAAAGGACAAAACAAAUCACGAUGUGUGCGCUUACCUCUGUUUGAGCAGCGGUACGACUGGAUUAUCGAAAGCCGUCAUGAUAUCCCACGCAAAUAUUAUUGCUCAGUGCCUGCAAGUGCAACAGAUCACGCCUCCUGACCACACUAAGAUCCUCGCAGCGCUACCGUUCUAUCACAUUACUGGUAUCGUACAUGAAGUACAUCUUCCGAUUACGCUCAAUGCUCAUGUUUAUGUGCUGGCGAAAUACACCUUGGAUUCACUUCUUCGGACAGUUUCUGAGAAUAAGAUCAAAGAGCUGUUGAUUGUCCCUCCUAUUCUCAUACAAUUGGUGCAGGACACAGAAACAGUGUCUAAGUACGAUCUUCACAGCGUGGAACGCUUCUCAUCCGGAGCUGCACCACUGCCCGGUGAAGUUCUCAAGCUGCUAGAAAAGAAAUUUCCGGGAACAGGCUUCAAACAGGGCUACGGAAUGACGGAGUCGUGUUCAGCCAUCACGUCCCACCCCCCUUCAAAAUAUGCCUACAAAUACGCCGAGAAGGUGGGCAUGUUGGUUGGGUCCACAGAAGCAAAGAUAGUGGAUCCUAACACGGGAGAGGAGUAUGGAGUAGGCAAGCCGGGAGAGAUAUGGGCUCGCGGUCCGCAGGUAGCCAUGGGGUACCUGGGCAAUCCUGUCGCCACAGCGGACACAUUUGAUAAGGACGGUUUCGUUCACACCGGAGAUAUCGGGCAAUUUGACGAAGAAGGCUUCCUCUCCAUUACAGACCGAAUGAAAGAGAUGAUUAAGGUCAAGGGUAUUGGAAUUGCUCCCUCGGAGCUCGAGAACUUACUUCUGGGCCAUCCCAUUGUAAGCGAUGUGGCCGUGUGUGGCAUAAGCGAUGAUCGCGCAGGAGAAAGGCCCAAAGCUUUUGUCGUUCUGCGACCGUCGGCAAGAAAAUCGCCCGUUGAUGCUGCAAGGUCUCUAAUAGAAUUCACAAAAGCGAAUAAAGCGAGACACAAGUGGAUCAAGGAGGUUGAGAUUGUGAAGGCCAUACCCAAAAGUGCAGCAGGCAAGAUCCUACGUAGGCAGCUGAGGGAGAAGCGAGACUGCGCUAGCGGCAACAUAGCCGUCCGAGAUCUGCCAUCUUCGGCUAAAUUGUAG